AUGGCGGUCGGUAAAAUGAGAAGAGCACCAGAUAGUGGCGUUUCAAACGCCGUGUCAACUAUAAUUGAACACCAAAAGUUCAAGAAAAUGUUGGUUUUCGGACUCAGAUCACUCUCUGAUUUGUGUAAUCCAUCCAAUCAGUUGUACGUAGAAAAUGCCCUCGAAGCGCUUGAAAGGAACGUAGUAAAAGGUAUUUUAACGGCAGUGGAGAACUUUGGAGAUGAUGAAGAUUUGGUAUUGUGUUCAACCACAAUCAUGUCUACUAUGUCACAGGGCUGCGUUGAAUAUAGGGAAGACGAGAAACUCCUGAAGAAGCUUGUGAAUGAAGGAGGAGUUGACGUUGUCCAAAAGGCUUUGGAAAGAGCACCCCAAGAUGAAGAUGUUCUUGAAAACUGCCUCAAGUUUUUGGAAAACUUAUCAAAUCUAGGAGGGCUUGGUAAAAGAGGACCUGAGUUUGUUCCCCACGUUUGCAAGUGUAUGGAGGUUGUGAAAUCUUAUCGAGUUGCGAACAGGCUCGUAGUGUGUCUUUCUAACCUCACGGAUCAAAAUGAGUCUUGUUUAGCCUUGAAAAAUAGCCAAGGUGUUCAGCCAUUGCUUGACUUGUGCCUCAAAUUCACCAACCAAGAUAAAAGUACAGGCCUGGUUGAAAGUUGCUUUAAGACCCUCGUGGCUCUUAGCCAGCUGAAGCUUGUGGAUGAGUCUAACUUGCAGAGUGUUAUUAACCUUGUGGAGUGUUGUAAGGAUUCGAAGGUUGUUCUGAGCAGAGCGAGCGAAGUAAUAAAGUCUGUAGUUGAUACCGAAAAGUUGCAGAACAGUUUAAAGGUGCUUGAGAAAAAUCAGUACGACAGCCCAGAGUACAAGGUGGCUGUGAAUACACUGAGGUCACUUUCCUACAUUUCAACAUUAUCUGAUGAAUUGGCUAAAAAGGGCGUUAUUCCAAUUCUUCUAAAGCUAUUAUCAGACAGCAGUGAAAAGCUUGGUUCUGGGGAUGCAAAACCAGGAGCCUCUGCUGAACAGCUGGCUGAGGUGGUAUUUGGAACCUCUAGAAUGCUAGCCUCGAUUUCCUCAAGUAAUUCUGAAUAUGGUCAGCAAGUGUUAUCUAACAAAGGUCUUGAUGUUUUGGUGCGGGCACUUUCACAGAGUACCCAGCACCCGCGAUCAGUUGUAGGUUUAUCUUUUGCGCUUGUUCAACUUUUAAAACAUGAACCUAAGUCCUUUGGAAGCGCUGUGUCAGUUGCCCUUCCAAUCCUAUAUCAGUUGUCUGAAGAUGAGGCCGUUUCUCAAGCUUUGGUUGAGUUUUUGUUGGCAUGUAGUCAGUACUCUGAGCUAGAGUCUGUUUUUAUCCAGAACAAGGUGUUAGAGAUUUUGAGCACUUGCUGCCAGUACCACACUUCAAACCUAGCUUAUCAGUUCAAUGUGGUUUCAAUCCUAAACAGAUUUAGCCGUUUCAUCGAAAAUUUAAAGCUGAUCCACGAGUACGGAGGAUUGCAGGGCAUAACAUUUGCUCUAGAACAGAAUUACAAGGACCUGAAGUAUUGUUUAGAGGUUUUAAAUUUUAUAUCUGCUCUGGCCUCUACUUCAAAUUCACAAAAGUAUUUGACCACCGGAGACUAUUUAAUUGCCGACGUUAUCCUUGAACUUAUGCUACACUAUAGAGACAAUGAUGCUGUGAUUGACUUAUCAGUUAAGAUUUUGGAUCUUGUGUUGGAAGAGAAGGACGUUGAAAAGUAUGCUAAACGGUUAAAUACCGCUAUGCCAAACUCUGUAAAGGAUCCUGAAGGCACAUUUAAAGCAUUGGCAGCACUUACUGGUGUUCACAAGAUAUCAAGAUUACGUCCCCUUUUGUCAAAGUAUAACCCUUUGAACGGCGUUUUGAGUGCAGUUACUGGAUGGCUAGAUCACAACGGAGACCCUGAGUGGGUCAGGCAGAGGACUAACCUGACAAGGGCAGCCCUAUCCCUUGUUGUGGUCUGCCAGACUAAGGAGGAAAUUCAAGAAACGCUGUUUACGGUGAGUGAGUUGGCAUGUGUUUAUCAGGUUAAGAAGGUAAUUGACCUUGAACAGUCAGACGAUAACUUUUUGCUCCACUGCACUGGAGCUAUCGUUGUAUUGUGUGGCAUUGAUAGAACCUACGACGAGGCUGAGAUGCAAGAAUCUGUGGAGUGUGUUUCGAAGGUAAUGAAACGUCAUCAGGACGUUCGUCAGGCCCAGGCAUCGCUUUUGGAGGCACUAAACAGACUAAUGGAACAGUCCGACAAGCUUUUCUUAUCAGCUAUGUUAAACACUGGAUGUUUGGGCUUAAUUGUAAAGUAUUUGAGCACUGUUCCAGUGUAUUUAAAUUUACAGAUUUUGGGAAUUGGGCUCAUUCAUAAAUGUUCACAACUGGACCCUCAGGUGGUUGAGUUCCUAAAAACCUCAAACUGUUUCCAGCUUCUAAGGACCGUUAAUCGUACUCACACUAAAAACAAGAAGCUUAAGGCAAUUGUAGGUUCUCUGUUAUCACUUUUGAUGCCAGCAGAUGCCUUGGAGUCUGAGUUGGAUCAGCUUCUUAAAGAUUUGGUAAACUAUGUUGCAGAAAAGGAUGCAGAGGGAGUUAACACCUGCCUCGUUUCAAUUAACCAACUUCUCGUAUCAAAGGAAGCUGUAAAGGCCGCAGUUAUGCUAAAUAUUUAUUCCCCGGUCAAGAAAGCACUUGAUUGGACACUUGCAAACCCCAACCAAUACAAUGGUGAGGAAAAUAUAUUUGAGCCCACUUUGGCUGAGUUUUCACUAUUGGGUCUUAACAUGCUGGUCAGUAGGAUGGGACUUGUAUAUGCCACUAAAAAUUCAUUUACGAAGUUUUUUCUCACACUAUUCACUUGCUUAACUGCCAAUUCUAAAGUGAUGAUGGAGGAUGGAGUGGUAUCCAAUUUGGACGGCUUGGUGUUGUUGUUUCGUCAUGAUGUAACAAAUAUAGACGAGGCUUUGAAGGAGGAUUUGUUGGCUAAGUUAUCUGGAUGCUUCACUAGGAUUUUGAAUAGUCCUGCUGUGGUUUCGUCAGUGUGUAGGUGUUUGGGUUCGAUGUGUGCGACCCCCGGAAAGUUAGACAAACUUUUGAAUAACUCUAACUUUUCCAAGUUUUGCAAUUAUCUAGUCGAUAACCUUUCAUCACCCCAAAAUACAGGUUCUAUGGAGAAAGAAAAGGUGGUGGAGACCACAUUGGUGGCUCUUAAUGAGUUGCUCAGUACAAAGUACCAGAUACUAAUUGACUACUUUGACAAGAACACGAAGAUUGUAUCAUCUUUGGUAGGGCUUUUGGAGGAGUAUUACAAAACGUAUGAGAUUGUCGUUCUUGCCUCAAAUCUCCUUUCAUAUUUUGACAAGCGUGUUGUGUUAUCCAGACUUUCUAAUCUUUCGUCAUUUUUGGAAACGGUUUCCAAGACACUUCUUUACAACAAGGCGGACGUUGGUACAGUGAUUGCUCUUCUCACCCUCCUAGUUCAUUUGCUAGAUGACACUAAUAAGGAAGAGUUUAAGAAGACUAGCGUCGUUGAGAAUAUCUCAACUGUGAUGCUGAUGCACCUGGAGAAUGAUGAGGUGAGCAGAUUGGGAGGGAUUUUGUUUUCACUUCUAGGUGCUGAGUGCCAGAUUUCAGCCCUAAUGAAGAACGUGAUUCAGAUUGUUCAGGCUAAGGAGGAAAACAUGGGCCAGAAGGUGGACAAGUUAUGUCUGAUGUUGGCGAUGUAUUUGUCGAGUGAAUUGAAGGAGCGUUCUGAAGCUCUGAAGCACACUGAGCCAUUUCUCUCUAGUCUUAACGAUUGUGUUUCCUUUUUGGCUGACAACAGUAACCUUUUGUCGAGCACGUGCUGCGUUUCACGGAGGCUCUGUGAUUCUGCAUUUGAGGACCACGAAGAUCCCUUUGGCGCAUGGGCCGUUGCCAGCAGCUCCAACAUGGCCCAGAUUUCAUCUCUGGUAAAGACCGAGUAUGGGUAUAGUAACCUGAAGUUUCUGGUUCACGCCUUUAGAGUUUUCACUGCAUGUGUUUACAAUGGUUACACCUCAGAUACCAUGCUCGGUGAGGCACCUGGCCUUAUGGUCAGGACUGUUCAGGUUCUUGAACGUUACAAGGAGAAUUCGGAACUGGUUUUUAAUGUGUUGGAGUAUUGUAUGUAUUUGGCUAAUGCCACAGGAUCUGAUCCGGCUAGUACGACCCCUGGAGUCCAGGUACUCUUAGAGAAUUUCGGGAACCCGGUUGAUUUAAUUACCAGUGCGCUCACGGUUAAUAAAAACAACGAAUUUUUACUUGUAAUAGGUUUUAACCUUUUGGCUAAGCUCGUUUCAAGCACCAAAACCCUCGACGCUAAUCAGGUUUCAAGCAGCGUCGAAACCUGUCUUAAACUGACAAAAACCGUUUCAACCAAGGGGGAUACCGUUGACAAAAAGUUGCCCCAAAAUAGCUCUCAUCUGGGCAAAAAUCUAAUGGAUUCAUAUGUUCGUUACUUUAACGCUGCGUAUAUGAAUGGUUAUUUGGAUAAUUACAUGAGUGGAGAUGUUGUGUCUAACAUGGUGAUGAUGUUUGAGGGUAGUAAUUUCGAGGGUCUGAGCCCUGUACAGUUUGCUCUCUUUGUAUUAAACUCAGCGACAGCGGGUGAGAUGGCACAGCUUGAGCGUUUGGGUGUUGUUCAGAAGCUGAUUGGUUUGUUUGAAGGUCUUUUGCAGAAUAACAAGGCUUUGAACAAGGAUGAACUUUUACAGCUUUUUUCUGGCCUUUCGGAUGCUGUAAAGAGGGACGCUAUUAAGGCGGUUUUGGUGUUCAAGGAGAUUUUCCCAAAACUUAAGGGUAAUGAAGUACUUACUAGUGACGCUGAGGUUGUUUCACUGCUUUUGAACACUCUGAUUGCUGCUGCCGAGGUAAAGGGAGUUGGAAGCCUUUUACACUCUAUAGACCAGUUUGUGAAAUAUUUAGACCUUGUUUCAAAUCUCUCUCCUGACCUUGUAACUAAAUUGAAGACCUUGAUCAAGAAGGAUUUACCCAAGAAGAAGACAUGUGAGACUGUAUAUGAAAAUUUGACUGAACUAACAAACUCUGGUUCCAGCGAUGAGUCUGUAAGUUCAGACUAUUCUAGUGUCACAUUGGAGAAUGCCUUGAUGAUGGAAGAUUUUCGUUUUGUGUCUGACUUGUUGUUGAAGUAUAAUGGUAAAACUCAGAAGUCUGGUGACCCAGAGUGCAGAGACUUUGGGUUUGGGUUUAAAUGUGUGGAUGUAUGGUCUCGCUGUGAAGGAAAUCCUAACGUAAUGGCAAAAUCUGGAUUAUCUGCAUUACUUAUUUCGGCGUUGGCUAAACAGUCUGACUUGGUCUUGACGGAUGCUCUUUUGGUGUCUAUAUGCAGCUGCUGCCGGCAGAAGGAUUUGCUCCUUUCGUUUGUAUCUAAUAAAGAUCUGGUUCCAAAUGCCGAUGCCUUUCUGGCGAAGGCGUACCAGAAGCGUCUGGUAACCACUGGCGCUGACCCUAGUAUUAACAUUGAGGCUGCGUACGAGAAUGUCCUUUUCAACGCUAUGCUUCUCAUUGACCUUACAGCAGUCAACCGCAAGGUUUAUCUCAAGAGUAACGUUAUCCCGAGUCUCAUGGAGGUAUGGAGCCUCCACGACCAAAACAAGUAUUCCUCAACCAAGAUUCUGCGUCAGGUUUUCCGAACUCUCCGCAAAAUUGUCUCGGAUCAAAACGUCCAACUCAUGGUCAAAUGCAAACUAGUACAAAGGGUCAAUAAAGUCUUUUCUCAACUCACCACAGAAAGUAAGGGAGGUUCGGUAUCUAGUGUGAAUGAGGGUUUGAUACCUGAUGCUCUAUUUUUGAUUGGAAGUAUGGCAAUAAUUUUGGAGAUUAAAGAGGAGAUUUGUAACGUACAGCUUCUGGAGAAGAUUGUGACUGUGUUGGUUCGUUACGUAAAAUCUGGUUCGAGUAGCGCUAUUGUAACUAACUGUUGUCUAGCGCUGGCAAACAUUUGCGUUGAUUUUAAGACCGCCUCUGACAAGUUUUGUUCACUCAAUGGGCCGCGUUUGAACCUUGAUGUUUUUGUAAACUUUAAGUCAAACUUCGAGGUUGCUAAUGGUUCCUCAAUCCUACUCUGCAACUUACUGUACAAGAACGACAAGCUCAAGGAGCUCUACGGGAAAAAUGGUACCCCUUCUGCACUGGUUGAAUGUUUGAUGAACUUUGUCGGAUCUACAGAGCCCACUAGUCUUAGGUGUCUCCAGUCACUCUUCAAGGCUAUUUCAAACCUCGGACUCUACACCAAAAACCUUCAGUAUUUUAUGGAGGCUCAUAUCGAAUCACCGUUUAAAAAGUGGUUAAACAAAGUUUCACACACCAAAGACUAUGAUGUGGAAUUGGUUAAGGUUGGAUUGAAUUGUUUGAGUAAUUUGGUGGUUGAGAAUAACGGAGAUUACAUGAGAAGUUUCGGAGUAAUUUUGGAGGAUUUGGUGGGCAUGUUGAACUUAGAGUUUGGAGAUGGGAAGGUGGUGUUUUUGGUUUUGGAUGUACUUAACAACUUAUGCAGGAGCAAGGAAAAUGCAGGUCGGUUUGUGGACCUUGAAGGUGUGUUUGCGACUGUGAAGAACAUGCGAAGACUGAGCUACGACGUUGAGGUGCUUGUUACGGGUAUUCACCUCUUUAGGCACAUGGCCUAUGGGAAUGGAGCCGUUAAGCUGCUUGAAGUUGACAUUUUCUCAUUUCUGCUUGACAUUUUGGUACAGGCAAACGAGCUCAACGAUGUAGUAAUUAGCAGCCUCAGGUGCCUUCGCAGGCUCGUCCAUAGCCCUGAAAUGGUCUACCUUCUCUGCUCUCAGGACGGACUUGAUACCGUCAUCAAGUGUAGCACCCGCAUGAAGGACCAGAGCAGCGUUCUCGUAGAGUCAAUUAGACUCAUUCUCGGAAUGCUCUACUACACUGACCCCUACACUGGAGGUGUUUCCUCCACAAAACAAAGUGACUCAGAUGAAAGUACUGGUCUGAGUGACGGGGAAUCAGAUUAUGGAUGGGAGAAUAUAGGUAUGACUGCGACUAGCAUAGUGGAGGUGAUUAAAUUUAGUUGCUAUGUGGCUUCUCUGGAAUCAUGUCUGAAAAUGUCUAGGCUACAAUCUUCGGUAGUCUCUUUGUGCGUGUACUUUAUGUCUUGUGGCCUUUGUGGUGAGGAGCUUGCUAUGAACGGCUUCUCGUUGGUACUCGAGAAUUUCAUCUCGAGUUUCUGCCUAACUGCUCCGAACCUCGCUUUACUUGCCAUCUCAGCACUCGAGGCCAGCUUCAACUACCCUCCUGAUCUCCGCAACAGCAUACUCACCAAACCAAUUCAGAAGAAGCUGCGAGAUCUCACACUUGUGGUCACCGAUAAACAAUCCAAAGCUAAGUUAACCAAGCUGCUCGAGCACGUUUCAAACAACACAAGCCCAUCUGUUAUUGGAAAAUUUGACUUGGGUCUGAGUGAGUGGAAUGUGGACCCAUAUCCGAAUGGUGUUCAUGAUUUACCCGAAUCAAUGAAGGAGAUGCUCAGGAACGGGGGAAAGUUUCAGCUUAUUACUGAGGGUGAAGAGGAGUUUAAGAGGCGUUUGAGGCGAGGAAAGGAAUUUGAGUACUCGUGGAGGUCGAGUCAGGAUCUUCUCACUCUCGAGUGGAUGCACGACGGACUCCAGGAGAAGAACAAAGUUGCCUUUAUGCGCGUCCGGAACAUUGCCAGGGGACUCAAACACGAUCUCCUUGUCAAGGCCAAUCAAAAGGAUUACAAACGCGUCUCGAACACCAACACCCUUGUGCUCCUCGGCUCCUCUACUGAGGAGUUUCCUCAAGGCUUUGCACUUCCUAUGGUCUUUAAAAACAAUCAUGAACGUGAAGCUGUAGCUGAAGCAUUUAUACAGUGGCGUGAUGCUUCCUCAUUUAACUGA